AUGUCAGAUAAAAGUUUCGGCGACUGCCCGAGCAGGAACAUUGUUAAAAACCCGCUUUUGUCCACCGCCGUCACGGGACUCUCUAUCGAAGACUUGACGCAUAACGCAGUUUUAAUUCCCGUUGCGGCUACCCAGGGACUGAUCACGGGAUCAGAACACCAAAUCGGGUCCAACAAUCAUACCCUGGGGCACUCCGAACAUGAUUUCACGAACUUCCCGUCCGGCGAUUCUAAUACCAACGUAUUUGCACCCCAAACCACCGUAUCAGCUCAUCCACUCCCAUUAGACAAUCAACAACUCUUGCACAGUGAAAAAAAACCAGAAAAAAUGGUACCAAGUCUAUCAAAAGCCUCACUUAAUACCGAAGACGACUUUGACGUAAAUGAAUAUUUCGCCCGAUUACAUGGAACUCGUUACGUGAGCGCUCCAAUAAAUAGUAAUCCCGACGAAAAUGCUAACUUAGCUGCUGAGGAUAAUCUGGAAGAAAUUAAUUUGAACGAUGAUAAGGUAGUAGAACCUCAGCAGAGUCUAACGGCGGAUAUAGCGCAGAAUUUUUCUCAAUUACCGACCGUUUUGCCCCAUGUAGCUAGCGCUGUGUUCAGCUCGUUCUCCAAUAUGCUAAGUUAUAAGAGCAGGGAGCAGACUCCUGAUGAUAGGCAGCAGGAUUCAUUCCAACCUGGUCCUGGUCCAGUUGGUUCAGGGUUCGUCGGGCAGAACUUGUCCGUUGAUUCGUCACAGGUGGCUGAAGAAGUGGCUAAGGAUGUUGCGCCACCGCCUAAGGAGAUGGGAAGUGCUGGUGCAUCAAGCUUCAGGAUAACAUCGAAAAAGAGAUACGCUCAAAUACCAGGCUUAAGCUCAGGCACCAAUUUCGAGACGUUACAGAAAAUUGAACUUAAUCCGUUAACGAAAAACGUUACAAAUUACUUUGUACCAUCAUACGAGGGAAAAGCCGAGGAGCCCGUAGGAACACCGUCUCAAACGAUAGAAGCACCUAAACAUGACACAUAUGAUAUUUUCAGUCCAAAACCUGAGGCAAAUGCAAGCGAUUUUCAAUCUAAUGCCUUUAAUAUUAGUAUGGAUAAUGAUUCAAAAUCGUUUGAAGAACGCUUGCCUCCACCUACGUCAUACGCUACACAAGGCAACGCUACAAUUCCUCCACCUCCAAUGUUCUCUUCUCAAAGAAAAAGUUCACAGUCAGCCAAAUCUGUACUGCCCCCAUCAGUUGCAAGGCGAAUUGGAUCUAACCACCCAGUAAUAAAGCCUCAAACUGUUCAAACGUUUAACACUGAAAAUAUAUUUGUGCCAACUUUUGAUCCAAUGGCUUUUUCCAAUGAACCAGCUCAAGCUAUUGGGUCUUCGUUCGGUGAAACACCUUCCCAGUCGUUUGACAGCCAAAUAGUCACGCAACAGCCGACGUCUCAUAGCCAAGAUGCUGCAUUAGCUAACGUGCCAAGUAUACCACCGCCAGCUCAAUUCACGCAACCAACUUCAGCAUUCACAGCGCCACCAAAAGCACCACCAACUCAAUUACCUCCACAAACAUUGCCGCCACCGCCUUCAAACAUACCGACAAAUCUACCAGCACCUCCAAUGUUUGCUCCAACACAACCAACAAGCUCAUCUAUAUUUGCGCCUCCUAAACUAGAGGACAAAUCUAAAUCUGCUACAGAAUCAGUACCACCAAACAUAUUUGCGCCAACACCACCUACUCAGGUGCCACCAGGGCCAAUCAAACCACCUACUAUAGGACCAACGCCAAAUAUUGGACCACCGACGUUUUUCAGUCCGCCUCCAGUGGAAUCUACGCCAAUGUUUUACAGUACAGAUAAUAAACAAGUGCAACCAAGUCAGCAGUAUGUAUCAGAGCCUCCUAAGCCUUUAGUAGAACCGCCAAAAGCUACAGGAGCUGUGAAUUACAGGCUGAAUAAGAAACGACCGCAAUAUUACUCAGGACCUAUCGAAGGCGUUGGAUCUAUCAGUAACAGUAUAAAGCCUGUUAUAGCUCCAGUUGACCCUGUAACAUUCCACGGAGCUAUGUUCACGCCACAACAGCCUGCUGACCUAAAUGUGCCAUCUUCAUUUCCAUUUGAUUUAAGUAAACCAGCCGAAAAUGAACCUUUAGUCCCUCCGGAUAGCGCUCAAAAUCUUAUAAACGCACCAACUCCAGUUUUUGACAUAAGUCAGACAGCUCCAUACCAGCAUUUUGAUAUUACUAAUCCUGAACCAAACACAGCACAUUACAAUACAGCCUUCGAUUUGAGCAGACCGACAACAGAAAACUAUGAACCAGUAGAGCAAAAAGAAUCCAAAGGCUUCGGUAUAAUUGGAUCGCUAAAAUCUAAGUUAAGCAGCAUAGAUAUCAAUAAGAUUCAACAUAGCGUGACGACGUUCUUCGAUCCUGCUUACAAUGAUACAGCAAAACAAGACUUUAGCGCACAGCAAAAUGUACCUUACGCCAAUAAUCCUUAUCAGGCGCAAACGGCUCAGACGAAUCUAGAAAUAUUUGUCCCAGGCCCCCAACAAAAUAUUCAACAAUACCCCUACGAUUAUCAACAUCAAUCUUUAUAUUCAAACAAUGAGUAUUAUAGAUAUCCAAAUUUCCAAAAUCAAGGCCAACCCGCCGCUGGACACUGUUCUAAUGAGCACCAUUACCCAAGUCACUCGCAACAUCCCAAGACAUAUGACAACUCCCAACACGGAUAUGGGAAUCAGCCAAUGAAUUCUAUGUUCCAUUCUUCCAACUUACAUACACAUGGGGAUAAUGUAAUGACUGUUGAACCUACCAACGUUAACAAUAGCAAUGUAAUGACAUACAAAGAAACACAAGAUUUUAAUGCCGAAAGAGAAAUGGAUGAAAACGUAGCUAGAGCUGGACCUGAAGUAUCAAGACUUCUACAAAGCACGACGUCUAUAGAAGAACGUUUCGCUACUAAUUUCUUUGACAAUAAAUAUGCUACUGCAGCAGAACCUAUAAAACAAGCUGAUGAAACUCCUCAUAAUAUCCCUCCAAUAGGACAAGACAGGACGUUUACCAAGGAUUCCUUUGAACCAAUCAAACAAGACGCUCAAGUAGCAGAGCCAGUAGCUAUGUUCAAUCCAAACACUGUGAAUCUAUUUGCUAACUUAAAAAUUGAUAGCAAGGAUGAUGUAAAACAAACUGAUGAAAAGCCUCAUAAUAUUCCACCAAUAGGACAAGACAGGACGUUUACCAAGGAUUCCUUUGAACCAAUUAAACAAGUCGCUCAAGUAGCAGAACCAGUAGCUAUGUUCAAUCCAAACACUGUGAAUCUAUUUGCUAACUUAAAAAUUGAUAGCAAAGAUGAUAUAAAACAAGCUGAUGAUACUCCUCAUAAUAUUCCACCAAUAGGACAAGAUAGGACGUUUAACAAGGAUUCCUUUGAACCAAUUAAACAAGACGCUCAAGUAGCAGAACCAGUAUCUAUGUUCAAUCCGAACACUGUGAACCUAUUUGCUAACUUUAAAGUUGAUAGCAAGGAUGAUAGUAACGAGAAAACGAAAAAUAUCUUCACUAACCAAAGCUUUAAGGGCGAAGAAAAACAAAACAUAUCAACUAAUGAAGCACAAAGCGUAGAUUUAUUUGCUAACAUUAAAACUGAAAGCGAAGAAAAAGAAUCAAAAUUAUUCCCCGCUAUGGAUACUAAAGCGAGCGUUCAAAGUUUCAAGGAAGAUACGAAACCGCAAAACUUGUUUCCCUUUGAAAAGAAAGAAAUUACUUCUUCUAAAGAUAAUUUACUUGAUUCUUUGACCAAAGACGAUGGUAUGAUUUUAGGCGUAUCUUCUGUGCCAUUAUUUGGUCUAAGCCCCAUGGUGGUUGAGCAAUCCAAAGAUGCUGUUGGAUCAGAAAUUAUUGCAAGCUUACCUGAAAGAAAUGCAAGCACGAGUUUCUUUGAGCAUUCCCAAAAACUAGAAGACUAUGGUGCUAAACACGCUGACGUAAUUAACUCAAACGCUAGUUUCAGUUUCUUUGAAAAUAUUCCUGCUCCUAUAAAAGAUGGGAUACAAGAACUAGUUACAGACGUAAAAAUGACAAAUUUCUUCGAUAAUUCAAAUGUUAUCGGUCAAAUUGUGAAAGACGAGACGCUUGAAAAUAAUGAGAAUUUUGAAAAAGACAUUACAGCUGAUAUUCCAAGUACAACACAAGAAGACGAUGAAAAUGCUUCCGAAUUAAGCAUUUGCGAGACUUGCAGAGAAGUAAAUAAACCUGAAGAUAAAGAAGAAGAUCAAGAUGUGACUUCGCAACUUAUAGAAAAUAUCACAGCCCCAAUACAGCUAUCAAAUCCAGUUGAAGCCACUCUAACUGAGACACCUGUUGUAGAACCAGUUGGUACAGAUCAAGAAACCUUUAACGCUGGUCAGUUUGAAGAAAUAUCUCAUAUUACGGAAGAAACAAUAGAAACUAUUCAAGUGCAAUCUGCUAUUGAACUGCUAGAUGAUGUUGGUGAGAUAAAUCCUAUGAAUUACGGUUGGAACGAAAGCGCUCUAAAAGAAGAUUACAAUUUCAAUAUCGACAACAAUCAAAUAGGUUUCUUCGGCAAAAGUUCCCUCUUCUUUGACAAAGGUGCUGCUACAGAAGAAAUCGAAAAUGAAAAGAAUAUGUUAGUUAGACAGAUGAGCGUUCCUUCUGCGCCACCGGCUGAAGAAGAAGAAGAUUCAAAAUCUGACGAGACUGGAGUUUUAGAUGUAAAUUCUAUUGAGCAAGACGCUAAAAAGGACUUUCCACUUUUCGAAGAAUUCGUUAUAGAACCUUCGGAAAACGAUGAUGAUAAUUUUAAAGAACAGGAGAGAUCUGAAGGCGUCUUGGACUCCUUCACGGAUAGGAUAGAAAAAUACAAAAGCUUAGAACCGUCUGAAUGUGGCGAUCCAAUGGGAUCAUCGUUCUUCCCAACGCCACACCCUAUAGGAAUGUCAUCCUACUUUGACACAGGAAAUUACGCUGUCGAAGCUCAUUACAGAAAUACGAACACUCGACCAGCUCCUGCUUUAAGUAUACCGCCAGGUUUCGAAGAAGAGUAUAAGAGAAGACUAGCUCUAGCGAAGCAGAGAGAAGAAAAUUUGAGAAAAGAAAUGGUAGUUGUGCCUGACACUUCCACUCAGACUAAAACUACGUCCGUAGCGACUUACUGCGCAUCUAGAAUCGCUUCUAGCUACAACUGUCCCCCUCCUCCAGUAGGAUUUAACAUUGAAACCAAUCUUUCCAAUCUAGUUAGGGAUGAAGACGAAAUUACUCCAGAAAAUCUAUCACCCGCCAUAUCCCAAAACGUUUUAACAGCUGGUGAUGAUAAACCUCCGGAACGAUCAAACGAUAAUGAGACUAAACUGCCUGAAUUUGUGAACGUUUUUGGCUUGAAACCAGUUGAAGAUUUUGAUGAUAAGAAAGAGAAAGAAUCAUCAGUAGAUGUGAGCAAAACGGCCGAAGAACAGAAAGUAUUGCCAACAUUCCAAGCAUUUGGUGCAAGCAAACCUAAAACCGAAGAAAAACCUGAAGAGAAACUACCGGAUCCAAUUAAUUUCUUUUCAGACGCAACUACGAACGAUCCUCCUGAAUCAUUCAGCCGUCUCGCUAGCUAUUUCAGUUCCCCACCAAAAACAGACCACGCGAAAUCUUUUUUUGAACUAAGCCAAAGUCAAAAUCAUUAUAGGCACGCCACGUCAGAGCAAAAAUCAAAAAUCAAUGACCUAAUCAAAGAUUUAACGUCGGUUCAAAACAUAAGUCCAAAUAAAGAUCAAAUCAUUAAACACGUUAAUUAUUUCACAGUCGAAUAUGACACUGUGUUGUCAGAAUUCAAACAUGGUGAAGUUUUCGGUAAAGAGUCGGCGGAUUUAAACGAAGAUGUGAACUUAGAUAGGGAUUUUAUAAAUUGUAGACAUUGUACGGAGAUUGUGAAUACUAGUUUUACUGUUAGAACUGCUGUUAAUACGACCUCUGAUCAAGGGACUAAUACAGCUCCAAAUAACGAUAUGGAGUCCCAGAAAGCAGCUGCCCGCGGUUCCGUGACUGUGAGCUUCGAUGGUGUUACUGUUCAGGAGGAUAACAAUAUGGGCAUUUUGAGCGAAGCUGAGAACCGUUCAGCAACAGAAUAUAGUCCAGUACAACAUCAUUGGUUUUAUCGAGUGGAUGUUGAAGAUAAAUCGAUAUGGAGAGGUUUCUCUGUUCAAGAUUCCAGGGCUCUGGAAGAUGCCUUCUUGAACCCGAACCUUACCGAAAACACGAUGGUGGCUACCGACGGCGGUAGAUACGAUGUGAAUAUCGUUGGCAGACUAAGAAUACCAGUGUACUGGACGGACAAACCAACAAAUGUCAGGAGAUGCAGUUGGUUUUACAAAGGUACUACUGAUGCUAGAUAUGUGCCUUAUACAGAAGCUGUCGCUGAAAAACUUGAGGAGGAAUACCGUCACGGUAUGACUACAGCUGAAUGGCACAGACGUCUAGUCCUGCCCAACGGUGAAGUGGUCGUGAUGCACGGACCGAGUGUCAUGGUGCACUUCCUACACAGCGAAAACGCAUUCAGUACACCACCGCAGUCCAGUUCUCGUCCCCGUGUCGUAAGAAGGGGUCACGAUGAGUCAGAGAUCGAGGACACAGAGCCAUCUAGUAUCGACCACCUACUACUACUCUGUCAUGGCGUCGGCUCCGCUUGCGAUAUGCGGUUUCGGUCCGUCGAAGAAGUCGUGGAAGACUUCAGGACGACUAGUCUUCAGCUAAUACAGUCGCAUUACAGGAACUCAUACGACCAGGGCAUCGUCAGUCGAGUUGAGGUGCUCCCUAUUUCAUGGCACGCCACUCUCCACUCGGGUGAGACGGGAGUAGACCGCCGUCUCUCUCAGAUCACUCUCGACAGUAUACCUCGUCUCCGCAGCUUUACAAACGAAACUGUACUUGAUGUCCUCUUCUAUACCAGUCCUGUGUUCUGUCAGACAAUCCUAGACACAGUGUGCAAGGAACUGAAUCGUAUCUACGAGUUGUUCCUACAACGCAACCCUGACUUCAAAGGCGGGGUCUCGCUCGGGGGUCACUCGCUAGGCAGCGUCAUACUGUACGAUCUCCUGUGCCAUCAGAAUGAACUAUCUCCAGAAGAGUGUCGGCAUAAGUCAGACAAGAACUACGUGCACGGCCCGGCGGGGACCGGCCAGCCUGCCGUCAGAUACCCACAGCUUGACUUCGCGCCCGCAGCGUUAUAUGCACUCGGGAGCCCCAUAGCUAUAUUCGAGUGUAUCCGCGGCGUGGAAUCACUAGGCGCAAGUUUCUCACUGCCGACCUGCAAGAACUUCUUCAACAUAUUCCAUCCGUACGAUCCUAUCGCUUAUAGAAUCGAACCCCUAAUCAACCCGGUGCUGCGGGAUCUGAAGCCGUACCUCAUUCCACAUCACAAGGGCAGGAAGAGAAUGCAUUUAGAAUUAAAAGACACGAUGGCUCGGGUGGGCGCGGACCUGAAGCAGAAACUGCUGGAGUCGCUGCGGAGUACCUGGAACAAGUGGAAGACACAGCCUACUGAGGGACAACUGGAGAAGGUCGUAGAAGAAGAAUUAGAGAAGGAACAGUUGACGGACGAUAGCAAAGAAGAAAUGGCUAGAGAAAAGGAAUUGUCAACCCCAGAGAAGCUGGGUCGUUUGAAUGGCGGUCGUCGUAUAGACUAUGUCCUGCAGGAGGCUCCGUUGGAGAUGAUCAAUGAAUACUUGUUCGCUAUGAGCAGCCAUGUUGGGUAUUGGGAAUCAGAAGAUACAAUGCUGCUUAUACUCCGCGAGAUAUACUCAGCGCUCGGCGUGCAGCCUGACUCUACAGUACCGCAGCAGAACAUGACUGUGCAGAGGACCAGGCCUGUCAAGCCGGAUGAAACGAUAAUCGUCAAUAAUUCAGACUUUCCGUCGACGAGCCGUGGCCCGAUAUGA